AUGUCGAAAAUUAUACUGAUAUCCAGUCAAAAUGAAGAAGUCCAAAUAAGUCGUGAAGCAGCGCUAAUAUCAUCGACUUUAAAAGCAAUGUUAGAAAACCCUUUCGAAAAAGAGAACCCUCAUAUUGAGCUUCAUAACAUGGAUACACAAGUUCUUAAAAAAGUCGUCGAGUAUUUGGAAUACCACCUAGAGUAUCAAGAGGUUGACGAAAGUCGAGAGGACAUAUCUGACUUUGAAAUUCCAACGGAAAUGGCGUUGGAACUACUGCUUGCUGCCGAUUAUUUAAACGUAUAG